AUGGUGAGCGCUGUUCCGCCCCUUCGCUUCGUUUGCUACUUCAUCCAUUUCGUUCGCACCAUCCUAUACCGCUUACGUACGCUUCGUGAACGGAAAGGCAAGUCCCGUUCCAACCGCGCUGGAUUGCAGUUCCCAGUCGGUCGUAUUCACCGUCUGCUCCGGAAGGGCAACUAUGCCGAGCGUGUCGGUGCCGGCGCUCCAGUCUACUUGGCUGCCGUUAUGGAAUAUCUGGCCGCUGAAGUGCUCGAAUUGGCAGGAAACGCUGCCCGUGACAACAAGAAGACCAGAAUCAUUCCCCGUCAUCUGCAGUUGGCCAUCCGCAACGACGAAGAAUUGAACAAGCUGCUGUCCGGUGUUACCAUCGCCCAAGGUGGUGUUCUGCCCAACAUUCAGGCUGUCUUGCUGCCGAAGAAAACCGAAAAGAAGGCAUAAGUUACACUGCGUGCAUCAAACCAAAAACCGUCCUUUUCAGGACGACAA